AUGGCAAGCACCAUGGCUGCAGAGCCCGACGUCAUCUGGAUCAGGCUUGUCAGCCGAGCCACGGGUACAUUUGUUCAGCACGAAAGGCUCCUGAGUAGUAUAAAGAAACAUCUCACUUCACCCGAGACGCAAUUCUCGAGCCUUGUGCUUUUUCUGGGCGAGCACCGCAUGCAUGCUGCUCUCAGGCAUCUUUUCAUAGCCAAUAUUAUCACAUCUCAAAGGCCAAAUCUCCACCUCCGGGUGGAUAACAGCACCUGGUUCGGCGACUAUCCUGUUUUAUUUGCAGAUUGUGAUCCCAACACCAUACUCUUGGAGGACGAAGACGAUGAUGUUCCGUUUAGCGAGAAAUUUAUUGUUCUCUGGGCAUCGGACCUGGCGUGUUACAUUCAUGAUAUCAUACUUUCUCGUGUCUUUAGCCUGUUUGCUGAUGUUAUCUGCAUCUUCGCGGACGAUGUGGGUGGCGCGCACGCGGUACAGACCGUGUUGGCGACAUGGGCAAGGUUCUCGCGAAAGGGAUCCAGUCUAGAUUAUCAGUUAUGGAUUCUGGCCAUUGUCGAAGACAGCGCGAGCAUCACGCAGGAUAUAUUCAUGAAGUACGAUUUCGACUAUUACAGCUUGGAUAUCUUCGACGUUUUCUGUACAUCAAGGGUUGUGCAUUUAGCGUGGUAUGAUGAUGCAGACGCGGGUGCCGUCCAGAAUAGGAUUCUACAAGACGGAAUAAACGAAGGACUUGAAGGCAGCCAGAAUCAACGAUGUGAAGAUGAAUAUCUGUUUUCGGCAGCGCAUUUGGACAGCUUAUUUCAUCGGGUACUGCAGCAUGUCUGCCGCGCGCCGGAUGUACCGUUCGACUUCGUUCGGGGAGCACGGGGGGGUACGGUGGACGAAUGUGAUCCACUGUCACAUUUGGUAGAUUUCAUGAAUCUGACGUGCGGUUGGAACGCAGAGAGUCGGGCCACGGUAAUCGCGUCCGCGUUUCUGGUCGACGCGUACCGCUCUGGAGCGCACUGUCAGAACAUAUUCGUGACCGUAUCCGCACCCAACAUACGCUAA